UGAACAAUGACUUCCGAAAUAUUUAUACGGAACCGGCUUUGUCGAUAUUACUAAGCCGUUAUCAGUACCGCGGUUGUAGGGUUUUUUUUUCUAAAGUAGUUUAUCUAUUUAGUGUCUUAAUACUUUACUUAACUAUUAAAUAAUUAGGAAGUCGACCGUCGUACGUGUCCUGUCCGAUUUUGGAAGUGCUUCCUUACGUCCUGCGCAGCCUCGACCGCUAUGCAGAAACACAACGGUAAUAAUGCAAAUUAUUAUUCUCGGUGGAGAAACGUGCCGAAGAACCAGCAACAGAUACGACGCCAUAAAACACGUGAUCAGAACGUCGAAGAAGCCGACGACAGCGCCGACGUCAUGAAUCCUACUUCUAACACCAAAGCGUACUUCGAUGUGGUCCAACCCACCGAGUUAUCCGUGUUUUCCGAUCAGAACUUGUACGAUGAAUCAAAAUCGUCCGUGUCGAGAAAUUCGCCUUUGAAUUCCAACUCGAUUUCGGAAACGGUAGAUGCCAAAAACGGCAAAUACUUUUUCGCGGACAAGACGAAUUGGCGCGACAAAAAUGUCGGACAACAUCAGUCAAAUUAUUAUUCUCAGUCUAACAAGUUCAACAAUAAAAAAUACCCAAACAAAUAUCGAAAAAAUAGAAACAAUGCCCCAUCAAAAUUUCAAGAAUUUAUUUCAACGAACAAUGUUAAUCAUAAUACAUUCAUUGAAAAUGACCAGUUGGGUACUAAAAAUGACUAUUCUUAUGAAAAGCCAGCUAUUGAACCAGCCUUAAAUCAAAAUACUCUGUUUAAUAAUACUUUCCUGAACACAUAUCAAAAUUCUGAGUAUGAUUCAGAAUGUGAUUCUGACCCUGGUGAUUUAGAGAAGAUGAAAAUAAUGACAGCUGCAGACUUUAAUGAUGAUCGUUAUGCUCGCUAUGGGAUACAUGAGACAGAAAUCAAAGACUAUGUACGCACUAUUACUUUCAAAAAUUGUAUAGAAUAUUGUGCAAAAGAAUAUAUUAAGGAUAAAGUGGUAUUAGUUAUCCGUUGUGGUAUUGGCUUAUUACCAUUGUUAUGUGCUCGGGAUGGACAAGCCAAAAAAGUAAUUGCUUUAGAACAAUCAUCUUGUAUUGAAUAUGCUCGUCGUAUCAUCACAGACAAUCGAUAUAGCACUGUGAUUACAUUAAUUCAAAGCAGUGUUCAUGACUUGAAGCAGCUGCCACACAGACUUAAGAAGGUAGAUGUUAUAGUAGGUGAUUUUUUGGGAGACUGUGUUAUAAGUCAAGGUGAUCAAAUGGAACAAGUUAUUGAAGCCAGGGAUCGUUUUCUUGUUUCAAAUGGCUUAAUGAUUCCAAUGUGUGUUACUUUAUAUGGUCAGUUAUUAGAACAAAGACGAAUCUAUGGAAAUUGUCGUAUUCGCAAAAAAACUAAAAAAAAAGCAUAUAAAAAAUUGAAUAAACGCUUUAAUAUAAACAAGUCCAACAAAUCUGAAACUCAGUCUAAUGAUAGUGACAGUUCAUCAGAUUCAACAUUGUGUUCAUGGUGGAGUAAUGUUUAUGGAUUUGAUAUGAGAUCAUAUUCAGAAAUUACAGUUGAUUGUAGUUCUGAAAGUGUUGACUGUCCUAAAUCAUUCAAAGAUGAGUGGCGAAUAAUGGAAGAACCUAUAGUUACAUUUUUUGAUCCAUCCAAGGUAGUGUCUAAUGCUUGCUUGAUAAAGAAAUUUGAUAUGUAUAAGUGUACAAUAAACGAAGUACGCUAUGUACAUAGUAAAGACUUAAGUCUGAAGUGUUCUACACCUUAUACGAGUGCUAAUGGAGGUGACUAUGCACAUAUGUUAGAGUUGUUUAUGGUAGUUGAUUUUCCUAAUGGUCAAACAAUUGUUGAUGAUAAGGAUGAUCUACAAAUAGGAUUUUCCACAUCAUCUUAUUCACCAUUUACUAGAUUUAGACAGACAGGUUUAUUGUUACGGGACCAGCUACUUGUUGAACAAGGAGACAAGUUUAAAAUUAAUGAAUUUUAUAUGUGGCGUGGUCCUCAACAAAAACAAAAAUUAGUUGGAGAAAACAUUAUCACCAAAAGUACUCGUAAUAGAUAUGGACCAGAAGAAAAUUUAAAGUUAAGGUUAAACUAUACAUUUAUCAACCAACAUAUAAAAGCGAUUAAUAGACAUUGUGCUUACACUUUAGUCAAGCAAUUAUUUUAAGAUUUAUGUUAAAGGUUUUUAAAUACUAUUAAUGUUAAUUUGGUUUACCAAA